AGCAGGAGUCGAUUGAGCAAAGCUUUUUAAAAUAUAUAUAUACAUUGCAACCAGCAAAUAGAAGACAGAUCCAGGUUUGGGGUGCUUUUGGGGAAUGCACCCUGGGGUCCCCCCUUUGGAUUGCUGUGAAGGAUUGAAUAAUGUGGAUUAUAGCAAGGUGGACUUCUCAGUCAUGACUCUCCUCUUCAAUUCCGUGGAUCUGACUGACUCCAGUUUUGUGUCCGCUGUCCUUUGCAUCGCCUUUAACCCACUUUUCUGGAAUCUGAUGGCCAGAUGGGAGCACAGGACUCGGUCGCUCACUCGCCUCUUCCGGUCUCCUUAUGUGGCUUGCUACUGUUUGGGAGCCACCAUCUUACUCCUCAAUUUCCUACGGAGUCACUGUUUCACAGAAGCCAUGAAGAGCCAACCCAAGCUGGAAGUACUGGAUUGUCUCCUUGGGUACUACGUCGGUGUGGCCUUUGCAGCCGUUGGCUCCCUCUUUGUCAUCUCCAGCUUCCUUGCCUUAGGUUUCUUCGGGACGUUCUUGGGCGACUACUUUGGCAUCCUAAUGGAAGCAAAGGUGACCGGCUUCCCCUUCAGCGUCUUGGACAACCCCAUGUACUGGGGAAGCACCAUUGUCUACCUUGGAUGGUCUAUGAUGCAUGCAAGUCCGGUUGGUCUGGUCCUGACGGUGCUUGUGGCCUUGUGCUAUGCCAUUGCUUUGCUCUAUGAAGGGCCUUUUACAGAAGAAAUCUAUCGCCAAAAGGCAAGGAAGAGCAAAUAGUGCCAAACUCUGCUGCGGAGGAGAAUCCGAGGAGAACCAGAAGCAAACAUCCAGUCUGCUUUUGCAGCCCAUGCAGCAAAUUGAAUGGGGAAAGAAACAAAAUCCAGCUGGACUCUUUCAUUCGGCUUUCCCCAAACUCUUCCAAAGUUGGGUUUUUUUUCCAGUUAGAAGUGGAGCCCACCUUCAGUUCAGCAGCUCCCAUCAUAUCCUCAUAAGCCUGAAUAGAUUGAAAACAUACUUAAGCUUCUAAAAAAAAAGGGAGAAUGGGCAAGAAUUACCCAGGCAUUGUAUGUGAAUGGUCUCUUGCACCAAUGGACAAAUAAUGUAGUUUCAUUUAUGGAAAAAGCAAGAGAGGUGCCCUAGACUUGUGUGCAGAAUUAGCUUUUUCUGUUUCCUCCAUUUCUUUCGGUAACUUCAGUACUUCGGGAGCCCGUAAUGGUAAGGGCCUUCCAGGUACGAAAACCUGCUCAACACGAAAGCAAGCGGGAGCUGAUCUCGGCUCUUCCUCUGUUUUUCGACACACACCCCCCCUUCAAACAAAAAGAAAACCCUCAUUCCCUGAGAACUACUCUCCUUUUCCAGGAGGUUAUUGCUUUUCCUUACCUGGAAGUGGGAAGCCUCUUUAAAAUGCCUUGGAAAGAGUGUGUGGCUGCUGGUUUGGUGAAGCCCAGGAAGGAAAGCAAGUGCCUGCUGCAUCCAAGCGCCUCUCCUCUAGAGUAAGAAACAGAACUUGCCUCCUUGCCUUGGAAAGAGUGUGUGCGGCCUGCAGGCCCAAGGGAGAAAGUGCCUGCCUGCAGCCAAGCACCUCUCCACCAGAGUAGAAAUAGGUAAGAAGCUUCCUUAAAGCGCGCAACUGCCUGCAGCUGAGUGCCUCUCCUCUAUAGAGUAGAAACAGUAAGAAGCUUCCUUAAAGCACAUACCUGCCUGCAGCUGAGUGCCUCUCCUCUAGAGUAGAAAUAGGUAAGAAUCAUCCUUAAAGCACGCACCUGCCUGCAGAUGAGUGCCUCUCCUCUAGAGUAGAAACAGGUAAGAAGCUUUCUUAAAGCAUGCACCUGCCUGCAGCUGAGUGCCUCUCUUCUAGAGUAGAAAUAGGUAAGAAUCAUCCCAAAAGCAUGCACCUGCCUGCAGCUGAGUGCCUCUCCUCUAGAGUAGAAACAGGUAAGACACUUCCUUAAAGCACGCACCUGCCUGCAGCUGAGUGCCUCUCCUCUAGAGUAGAAACAGGUAAGAAGCUUCCUUAAAGCACGCUCCUGCCUGCAGCUGAGUGCCUCUCCUCUAGAGUAGAAACAGGUAAGAAGCUUCCUUAAAGCACACACCUGCCUCUAGCUGAGUGCCUCUCCUCUAGAGUAGAAACAGGUAAGAAGCUUCCUUAAAGCACACACCUGCCUGCAGCUGAGUGUCUCUCCUCUAGAGUUGAAAUAGGUAAGAAUCGUCCUUAAAGCACACACCUGCGUGCAGCUGAGUGCCUCUCCUCUAGAGUAGAAACAGUAAGAAUUGUCCUUAAAGCACAUACCUGCCUGCAGCUGAGUGCCUCUCCUCUAGAGUAGAAAUAGGUAAGAAUCGUCCUUAAAGCACGCACCUGCCUGCAGCUGAGUGCCUCUCCUCUAGAGUAGAAACAGCUUAAAUGCCUAAAAUGACGGGAAGGGGAGCCUGGGAAGCCCCUCCCCAUAAUGAGCCAAUUGAAAACGGAUAUUUCGGCACCACAGAGCAAAAACAGAUAUCUGCCCUCCCAAUUUUGGGAGGCUCCAAAAAAAUGGAUCAGGGCCCCCACUGAAAGCAAGGACACCGAAACGGGUCAAGAUUUACUCAGAUUGCACAAUCCUAGUGUGCCCUUGCAUUUGUUGUAUAGUGUUUUUUGGGGGGAAAGCUGGACAUGCUUUGAUGAUGGAAGAACCAAGGGAGCUCCUUUAUCAGAAAGCUAAGGUCUUUUUGCUUCUGGGCCUCACACUGCUAUAAAUUCUUUCCCCUGUUUGCUUUUUGCAAAAAAUAGUUUGUUCACACCCCAGUCGUGAAAAUAUCUUAAAUUCCUGCCACUCUUAUUGUUUCCAAACUCAUCCCAAUUAACUCAAAUUCCUUCCACUGCCUCACUCUUGCCUUUUUUGCCAACGUUAACUUUCCAAACCAGCCCAGCGAUCAACAAAGAGCAAAAAAAAAAAAAAAAGAAUCAGGUGGUGAGAUAAGAUUCCACAAAGGUGCAUCUACACUGAAGAGUUAAGACAGAUUGAUGCCACUUGAACUGCCAUGGCUCCAGGGAGUUGCCUUUUGGAGAAGCACCAGCACUUUUGGACAGAGAAGUUUCAAGACAUCGUACCCAGGAUGCCCAUAGUAUUGAGCCAUGUGAGAAUGAGCUCACAGGCCCCUGUCUUCAAGCUGAUCUGACCGCACAGCAGGGAGUUCCACAGUUCCUGGGAGCAUAGACUUUCAAGAUGACAAAGGGACUGUGGCCCCAGCAGCAGCUUCAAUACAGAGACCUUUCCUUUUCUUGCUGGAUUCCCCCUGCUUCAUUGUAACAAUCCCCCAAUAAAAAGUAUCCUUUCUUUCAA